AUCACAUAUCAAAACCACAACUUAUUAUCUCUCUCUCUCUCUCUCUCUCUCUGCCAACAAUAUCUGUGGAAAAUGGAAGUGUCGUUUCUUAAACUCUCUAGUGUUGUGUUUGCUAUUCUCUUAAUAACGACAUGGGCAUGGAGAGUUCUGAACUGGGUUUGGUUGAGGCCAAAGAGGCUAGAAAACUGCCUAAGAAAACAGGGCCUUAAGGGCAAUUCUUAUCGGCUUUGGUCGGGAGACUUGAAAGAGAGCUCUUUGAUGAUAAAGGAAGCGAGUUCCAAACCCAUCAAUCUCUCUGAAGAUAUAACCGCUCGCAUUUUCCCCUUCGGUCUUCACACCGUCAACAAUUAUGGAAAAGAUUCUUUUAUGUGGAUUGGUCCCACGCCAAGGGUGAGCAUCACGAACCCGGAAUAUAUAAAGGAUAUCUUCAACAAACUUGGUGAUUUCCCAAAGCCCCAAAGUAUCCCACUCGUGAAACUGCUAGCCACCGGUGUUGCCACAUACGAGGGUGAAAAGUGGACAAGACAUCGGAAAAUUAUCAACCCAGCAUUUCACAUGGAGAAAUUAAAGCGUUUAGUACCGGCAUUUUAUCUAAGCUGCAGUGAGAUGUUGAAUAAAUGGGAGAGGCUGUUAAACAGUGAGGGAAGCUGCGAGUUAGAUGUGUGGUCUUAUCUUCAAAAUAUGACUGGUGAUGUAAUUUCUCGAACAGCAUUUGGGAGUAGUUAUGAAGAAGGCAGAAGAAUAUUUCAGCUCCAGAAAGAGCAAGGGGAACUUGCUAUCAAAUCCCUACAAACUGUUUACAUUCCAGGAUGGAGAUUUGUACCAACUAAGUUGAAUAGGAGGAUGAAAAAAAUCUACAACGAAAUAGAAGCUUUAGUGAAGAAUAUAAUUCAUAAAAGAGAGGGAGCAAUGAGAGCAGGUGAAGCACCAAAUGAUGACUUGUUGGGGAUACUUAUGGAAUCAAAUCUUAAAGAAAUUCAGGAACAUGGGAACAACAAGAAUAUGGGAAUUAGUAUUAGAGAUGUAAUUGAGGAAUGCAAGUUGUUUUACAUAGCUGGGCAGGAGACCACCUCAACAUUGUUGGUUUGGACAAUGGUAUUAUUAAGUAGGUUUCCCAGUUGGCAAGAUCGUGCAAGAGAAGAGGUUUUGCAAAUCUUUGGUAAUAACAAACCAGGUUUUGAUGGGCUAACGCAGUUAAAAGUCGUUACCAUGAUUUUCUAUGAAGUUCUAAGGUUAUACCCACCUUUAAUUUUAUUUACCCGGAAAGUUGAAAAGAAAACACAGCUGGGAAACUUGUCAUUACCAGCUGGAGUAGAAGUGUCCAUUCCCACCAUUCUUGUUCACCGUGACACUGAGCUUUGGGGAGAAGAUGCAAAGGACUUUAAACCCGAGAGAUUCGCAGAAGGCAUGUCGAAGGUGACGAAGGGCCAAGUUUCGUUCUUUCCCUUCGGUUGGGGGCCUCGGAUUUGCGUUGGUCAAAACUUUGCCAUGGUGGAAGCAAAAAUGGCGUUGGCUUUGAUUCUACAACGCUUCACGUUUGAGCUUUCACCUUCCUAUGCUCAUGCUCCUUUAACUAUUUUAACUCUCCAACCACAAUAUGGUGCUCACAUAAUUUUACAUAAACGCUAGCUGAGAUAUAAUCUUACAUGCUUUUGUGGAGUCAUCGUUGAACAAUAAUGUUUGAAAUAUGAUACAUAUAGAUGUUACGUCCAUUGUAUGAAUAUUUACGCUUUAUGUUAUUUU